AUGGCGUGUGAUCCUAGUGCUGCUGCAUCCAUGGAGGCUGAGAACCAUUUAAAGAGAAAAUCCAGUGACAUAGGAUGGGAAUGGGGACGUUUAGUUGAUCCAAAUGACAAGAAUCGAGUCAAGUGCCUUCUUUGUGGCCAUGAGAGCACAGGAGGUAUACACAGGUUCAAACAACACCUUGGUCAUGUUGGUACUGCAGUUGCAAAAUGCAGGAAAGUGUGUCCUGAAGUUAAGCUCAAGUGCAAGAAGGAUCUGGAAUUAGCAAUACAAAAUAAAAAAGAGAAGUUGCAGCAUGAUAAAGAUGUUAGAGACAAUGUGCAAGUGAUAAAUGUUGAUGAUGAGGUAGGCAGGGAUGUGCAAUCUGGUGUUGGAAGCUCAGUAACACCGAACCAACCAAACAAACUCGGCCCCAUGGACAAGUUCGCUACACCUAUUGAUCCUAAAGCAGGUCGGGCUGAUGCUAGGAGGCAACAAAAUAUCAAUGAGGCUCUUUGGAAAGAGAGGACACACCUGGUGCAGCAAUAUGUUGCUAGAUGGGUCUACACGCAUGCCAUUCCAUUCCAUGCUUGUGACAAUGAUGAGUUCAAGGAGAUGGUUGAGGCUAUUGGUCAAUUUGGUCCUGGUUUUCAGCCACCAAGUCAGCAUCAAUUUAGAGAGAAGUUGCUUGAAGAGGAGCAUGCUAGAACCAAGAGCUUGCUGCACGACCGUGAGGAUGACAAGAACAAAUAUGGUUGCUCCAUUAUGACUGAUGCUUGGACAGAUAUGAAGAGGAGAAGUAUAAUGAACAUUUGCACACGUACUAGCCAAGGGACAAGCUUUAUCAAGUCAAAAGAGAUGUCAGAUGUAUCACACACAAGUGAAGUCAUAUUUGAGUUGGUGGAUAAAGCAAUUGAGGAAUUAGGCUCAAGCUCUGUUGUGCAAGUAGUUACAGACAAUGCUUCUAACAAUAUGGGAGCUAAGGCAUUGUUGCAUGACAAGAGGCCUAACAUUUUUUGGAGUUCUUGUGCAACUCACACAAUCAAUUUGAUGCUACAAGGCAUUGGCAGCCUUCCAAGAUUCAAGAAGAUAAUUGAUCAAGCUAAAGCAUUCACCAUCUUUGUCUAUGGUCACCACCGCACCUUAGCAUGUAUGAGAUCAUUCACAUUGAAGAGAGAUAUUAUAAGACCAGGGGUUACCAGAUUUGCUACAGCCUUCCUUACUUUGCAAAGCUUGAUGGAGAAAAAGGAUGAUCUUAGAAAGAUGGUAGUGGAUUCAAAGUGGUAUGACUUACCCGAUACAAAGUCUAAGAAGGGAAAGGAGGCAACAGCAACGGUGCUAAGCAUAGCUUUUUGGAAAGGUGUGGCACUUUGCUUGAAGGUGUUUGUGCCUCUUGUCAAACUUCUUCGUUUGGUAGAUGGGGAUGUGAAGCCAGCUAUGGGUUUUCUAUAUGGAGAACUAGUCAAGGCAAAAAAGGAGAUUAAGGAUGCAUUUGGGAAUGUGGAGAAGAACUACAAAGAAGUCAUAACAAUUGUUGACAAAAAAAUGAAAAAUAGGCUUGAUUCCCCGCUGCAUGUGGCUGCAUACAUGUUGAACCCAUAUUAUAGUUAUAACAACAGCAACAUCUUCUCUGAUUCGGCUAUGGUGGAAAAAUUCAUGCUAUGUGUUGAGACUUUUUUCUAUGGUGAUGAAGAGAAAGCUUACAGGGUAGUCAAUGAGGACUUGGAUAAGUUUUAA